AUGAGAGGGCUGUUUAAGAUGGAGUGUGUCCUGUGUCCACUGCUCUCAGCUCUGCUUGUGCUGCUGAGUUCUUCUCCAGAGUGUAACGGACAAGACACAGUGAAGCAGGCAGCAGGAGAGGACCGAGUGAGAGAGGGACACACUCACACACUCAUCUGCCACUUUACAACCAACUCUUCUUAUCCAACUCUGUUCUGGUACAAGCAGGAAGGACGAGGUGCUCCAAAGUACAUAAUGAAGAUCUACAAGUAUACGGGAAACGUAAUAAAGUCUCCAGAGUUUGAUGAAUCCAAGUUUGGUGCUGAGCUCGUGGGGAACUCUUUGUCUCUGAAGAUGGAGGCUGUGGAUGUGACUGACUCUGCUGUGUACUAA